AGCGGGAUGCCCCGAGGCCACCACACCUUGUCAGCCUAUGAGGUAAUCGUACAGCAACGACCACCCCAUGAUUGGCGCGCCCCGAACACCCAAGCACAUGACUGCGGCCCGGCUGACGCUACCCGAUUAGGACUGACUCAGUGACCCGUGACCCUGAGGCUCGAGGCUCGAAUCUCGACCCCAGAAUUCUCAGGUGUCGACCGACGACUACAGGCCCAUCCCUCCGGCGACCGAGACAAACCAAAACCGCACCGCGCCAAGGCGAGUCUUCGUCCCGACACUUUUUUCCCUUCUGAUCUCCGGGAUCCGAGCCAUCAAACCACCAGAUCCAUCGUCCGUCAUGGCCACAAUGGGUGCUGUCCCCCAGUAUGGGCAGCUAAUCCGGUCCAUCUCUGCAGCCCGGCCGGGCCUCACCUACGUCCCUCGCCGCACUCUCGCCUACACUGUCCCUCGUCGAGCCACCGAAGACGGCCCCAACGGUCCCAAUGACAAGACCGACCCCGAGUCCAAGCCCUCCACCUUGUCCUCCAUCAAGAACUUCUUCUUCGGAGGCAAACCCACCGCCGCGAAACCCAAAGCCCGCAGAGCCGCCGCUCCCCACAAACGCGAGGGUUCCCUGAGCGCCGACUCCAUCUUCGCUGAGGAUGAAACCAGCCCUAAGCUCUCCCCCUCGGGCCGUACCCCGGCCGCUCGCAAACAAGCAGGGCAGACCGAGGAGGGAGACCAAGAGGUCAACUAUUCGGUUGAUGUUCGGAACCGGGAUACCUUGCAGACGGUGCUGGAUCCGAACCCGAAGGCGCGGAUGCGCUGGGAACGCAAGAUGGUGGCUCGUGAGAUCCGUCGUCGGGGUCGUAUUUCCCCGACCGAGUUGAUUAUGCGGACGGAGCGCGAGUCCCUGUCCAAGUCGCAUUGGUUUAAGACUUCCGUGAAGAAGUUGGGGCCCCUGGCUCGGCAGAUUGCUGGCAAGAAUAUCGAUGAUGCGAUGUUGCAGAUGCGUUUGAGUAAGAAGAAGGCUGCUAAGGAGGUGUUGCAGCAUCUGGAGCAUGCUAAGAAUGUGGCUGUUGUUCGCUCCGGUAUGGGAUUGGGUGCUGUUGAGGGUCAGGCGGUUCAGAAGCCCGUUACGAUUACCCUCAAGACUGGUGAGCGCAAGACCAUCUCCGACCCGACUUCCAUCUACAUUGCACAGGCGUGGGUGAACCGUGGACCGUACGGAUAUGAUUAUGAUCACCGCGCGCGUGGUGUCAUCAACAUCAUGCGUCCGCCGUACACCUCGCUGUCGGUUGUGCUGAAGGAGGAGAAGACUCGUAUCCGGGAAUGGCAGAACCGGGAGGCCGAGGAGUUGCGUAAGCGUAAGGCCCAGCUCUGGACCCAGUUGCCGGAUCGCAAAAUCACGGCCCAGCAGCAGUACUACAGCUGGUGAUUUGAUUAUCGAGUGUACGGGCACCGGGUGACAUGUUUGAUUAUUUUCUUUUGGCGUUGUUUUGUGUUAAAUAUCUAGACCUAAGAAGCCUCUCGAUCUGUGAUUCAUUCAGCAUGUGUUUUAUACUAAAUCGCCACUCUGUUUCGGCAAUCAGAGUGGUCGGUCAAGAAUUCAAUGUGUACAAUACUAUAUACUCUUCCUCUCCAUCCUCCUAUCUAUCAUCUAUCC